AUGGGGUUAGGCGUCCCAGCCACCACGAGUCUCCACUGUCGUGUGUGCGUGCCACAAGACAGGAGCGGUCGAACAAAAAAGAAGAAGCAAGUGAAGGUACUUAACCUUGACACCUGGAACGUGCAAACUCUGCUGGACAACACCAAGGCAGACAGACCUGAAAGGAGAACUGCACUAGUCGCCAAAGAACUAGCUCGCUACAACGUCGACAUAGCAACCCUCAGCGAAACACGCUUUGCAGACAAAGGCCAACUCACAGAGCAUAGUGGCGGGUAUACCUUCUUCUGGAGCGGACGCAGCACCACCGAACGGCGAGAGGCAGGCGUUGGAUUCGCCAUCAGAUCCCACCUCGCCCGGAAACUAGCGAAACUCCAAGAGGGUAUCAACGAUCGUCUGAUGUCACUUCAGCUCCCACUUGAAAACAAGAAAAGUGUGACGCUGAUCAGUGCCUACACUCCAACAAUGACCAACCCAGAGGACAUCAAAGAUAAGUUCUAUGAAGAACUAGACGUUCUUAUUGCAGCAGUCCCACAGUCAGAGAAGCUCUUCAUCCUCGGGGACUUCAAUGCCAGAGUGGGGCCAGAUCACCAAACCUGGGAAGGGAUCAUUGGAAGACACGGCACCGGCAAGUGCAACAGCAACGGCCUUCUGCUCCACAAGUUGUGUGCAACCCAUGACCUCACCCUCACCAACACGCUGUUCCGGCUCCCCACCCGUAACAAGACAACUUGGAUGCACCCACGCUUCAGGCAUGUGCAUCUAAUUGACUAUGUCAUCACUAGGAAAAGGGACGUACAGGACGUGAGAGUGACAAGGGCCAUGUGCGGUGCUGACUGCUGGACUGAUCAUCAUGCAAACUUUGCAUCCUGCCAAAGUGAAGACCCCAAGGCCAGAAGAGUGCAAAGAGACUCAACAUCUCCAAGCUGA